AUGACCGGAAUCGGAACGCCGCAGGCGUUGGCUGAUGCCAAUCUGUCGCGCUUGUCCAUUGCGCCACGGCCACCUCUGCCGGGCGUUUUGGAGGUGUUGCUCACAACAGGUGACGGACUGAUGGACGUGCCGCUGUCCAAGACGGACAAGAUCGCUGUUCUAGGCAGUGGAGAUGGCCGGCUGCCGAUCCUGGCCGCCAUCCAUGGGGUGCGGAUCCUGGCGCUGGAGAAGCUGGCAACUAGACGCCCCAAAUCUAUCCAACUCUUGCGAAGAGAAAUCAUGGCGGACUCCAAAGUGAAGGACAUGGGCCUGGCCGAGUUUGGCCGCAAGGAGCUGACUCUUGCCGAGCAUGAGAUGCCAGGUCUCAUGGCGGCCAGGAAGGAGUACGGACCUGGACAGCCUUUCAAGGGCUUGAACAUCAACGGCUCCCUGCACAUGACCAUCCAGACUGGUGUCCUCAUUGAGACUUUGGCUGCCUUGGGUGCCAAGGUGCGUUGGUGCUCAUGCAACAUCUUCAGCACUCAGGAUCAUGCUGCUGCUGCCAUUGCCAAGGCCAACACCGCCACUGUCUUCGCAUGGAAAGGUGAGACCUUGCCAGAGUACUGGUGGUGCACUGAGCAGAUGAUGACAGUGCCAGGUGCGGAUGGAUGCGACCAGCUGGUGGAUGAUGGAGGUGAUGCCACCCUGUUGGUUCACAAGGGCAAGGAGCUGGAGGAGAAGUUUGCCAAGGACGGCAGCCUGCCAGAUCCAGCCAGCACCACCAACGCGGAGUUCAAGUGUGUCUUGCAGGUGUUGAGGGACUCAAUCCAGGCGGACAAGACCAAGUACACACGAAUGGCUGCCAAGUGCAAGGGUGUUAGCGAGGAGACUACCACUGGUGUGCACCGCCUUCGUGAGAUGGCCGCCAAGGGUGAGCUGCUCUUCCCUGCCAUCAAUGUGAACGACUGCGUGACCAAGUCCAAGUUCGACAACGUGUAUGGCUGCCGCCACUCCCUGCCAGACAGCAUCAUGCGUGCCACCGAUGUGAUGAUUGGCGGCAAGCGUGCCUUGGUGGCAGGCUACGGAGAUGUCGGAAAGGGCUGCGCCUUCGCCAUGAGGGGUGCUGGUGCCCGUGUGCUCAUCACUGAGAUCGAUCCCAUUUGCGCUUUGCAGGCGUGCAUGGAGGGAUUUCAGGUGGUUACCAUUGAAGAGUGCGUGGGUGAGGUUGACAUUUUUACUUCCGCCACGGGCAACUUCAAGAUCAUCACUUUGGAUCAUAUGAAGAAGAUGAAAAACAACGCAAUCGUGUGCAACAUCGGCCACUUCGACAACGAGAUUGCCAUGGAGGACUUGGAAAAUUUCCCUGGCAUCAAGGUUGAGAACAUCAAACCACAGGUGGACCGCUUUGUGUUCCCUGAUGGCCAUGGUGUGAUUGUCUUGGCAUCUGGCCGCCUGGUGAACCUUGGCUGCGCCACGGGCCAUCCAUCUUUUGUGAUGUCCUGCUCCUUCACCAACCAGGUGUUGGCUCAGUUGGAUAUCUUGGAGAACUGCACCAAGAACAAAAAGUACAAGAACGACGUCUACCUGCUGCCCAAGCAGUUGGAUGAGAAGGUGGCAGCCCUCCACUUGCCAUCUCUGGGUGCAAACCUGACGAAGCUCUCCAAGGAGCAGGCCGACUACAUCGGCGUCAAGGUGGAUGGUCCUUUCAAACAGGACACCUACCGAGCCGGUGCCCUAUGCUCGGUCAUUGCUGGCUUUGCAAAGAUUGAGGUCGAUCGCGAUGCAAACUGCGAAGAUCGGGCUGCAAAAGGCGACUGUGCCAAGUCUCCAGACUUCAUGCUGGGCAAUUGCACCCGGUCAUGUUACAACAGGACCCAGCCCACCAGAUUGCAAUGGCAGGAGAUGGAGGUGGAGUUUCAACAAGCUGCUUCCAGCGUGGCGAAUUUAUCUGGAGUGACUGUGGCGAUCCUGGGCCAGGAUGGACCCAAAGGAGUUGAUGGCAAAGAAGUGGCGGCUUUGACCACGAAGAUGGAGAUGGAGUUACCUGCUGGAGCCAUGGUUUGGAGCUUGGAUCCUCUGCUCCUCCAAGGCGCUCAAGUGCAAGAAACCUCUGAAGACGGGAAGACCUCAGCCUCCGUCCCAGCUGGUGGGUUAGUUUUCCAAAAGCGCUUGCAUCUCAACAUCAGCUGGUCCAGAGACGUGCCCUGCCACGUCUACAUCCGGGUUCCAAAACCUUCAUUAGCGCUGAGACCCAAGUGGCCUUUGACGGUGGAAGAAGCCAAGCGUUUACAUCAGGCCGCCACGGAGGAACUGGUGUCCCUGGGCGCCAUGCGCCUAAGCGGCGCCGUGCUCUCGGAGGGUCGCUUCGGGGCCGCGGCCUUCGCCGCCUACGGCGCGCCAGAGGUGGCCGGGCGGCGCCUGGCGCGGGGCUUCGGGGCGCCGGCGGCGAAGUUGGGAGCACAGCAAGAUUUCUGUCGGUGCCGGCCGCGAGAUUCUUCUACUGGUUAUGAAGUGUCAGCAUUGAAUCUUCUGGGCAUGUUCCUGCUUGGAAUUCAUUCACCUCAACCCUGCCUGGCUCCUCCCUGCACUGCUGCAGACGCGGUGUUGGCGCUGUCCAUUGGUGAGCUGCGAAGACAGUUAUUGGAUGGUCACGAGGAGUCUUGUGACGUUCCACCACAAGUCUUGCGCGACUUGGGUUGCUUGCGCUUCAGUGAUCGACGCACCUUGCUGCAUGCAGCACUGGGGCGCAAGGACUUACAGCUGGCCCGUGCUGCUCUACGCAGCCAGGGCGCUGGGGGCCUCUUCUGUCGCGACGCCUUGGGGCGGACGGUGCUGCACCACGCAGCACAGGGCAAGCCGCAGCUGGGCCAGGUCAACAACUUCACAGGUGCCCUGCAGGAGCGUGUGAACGCCAGCUUUGCGGUGGAGUGGCUCCUGAAGCAGCUGCGCAGUGCACCAGAGGUGCUGAAGAUGUCAGACAACUCUGGCAGGCAUGCGCUGUUCUUCGCCGAAGAUGUCGCAACACUGCGGACGCUGGCGUCGACCGUCGGAUCUCUGUCCUCGACCGACUUAGCAGGGCGUGGCAUCUUGUGGCACGCCACUGCCAGCAAUCGAACAGACAUCAUUGCAGAGCUUCUUUGCGACUCCACUGGAAAGUCGGAGGAACAUCGGAAGCAGCUGGUGGUGCCACAUGGAGAGGAGAUCUCUUCCUCCCCGCUGCUGCUGGCCGCGCGGCGCAUGGCCGCGCCCAUCUGUGGUGCACAGCAUGCCACUGACGCGAAGGCCGCGUUGGAGGCGAUGACCGGCUGCACAGGAUUGCGCGAUGACUUCAAUGGCAGCCUGGAGGACUUUGCUCAGUCGGUGUGCAAAAACUCCACUGCGAACGCAACGCAAUGUGUCCUCAGCACAACGCUUGGACAGAUCCAAUGUGAGCUGUGCAACUUCCUCUAUGUGCAUGACGUGGUCCUCCAGAGUCGGUUCCUAGCUCUUCGUGAUGAAGCUUGCCAGAUCUUGCUGUGUUGCAUGCCCUUCUUGAUCAUUUUCUUUCUCAUUGCCGUCACCACUGACAUCGCCGUUGGCCUCACUGCUGCGGGAGGCCUCUUGGGCCUGGCGGCGGCCUGUGAUGGAGUUGCAUCGCUGGUCGGCAGCAGUGUUGGCACCUUACGGGUCACAGUGCGACAGCUGACUGGUGGAAGACAGCAUUUCUCCAUGGACGUGGCCUCGCGCCGCGAUCGCCCAGAUGCCACGUGGCAAUGCUGGUCCUCGCCACGACGUUAUGUUCUUUUCUCGCUACCAUUGAUGCUGCCCAAUCUCAUCACCAUGUCCUUGUUCGCCCUGAGAGGGGUCCUGGGAGAAGCGGGCUUGACGCAAUUUGGAGUGCUGCUGGCGUCUAUGGGCAUGUGCUAUGCCUCCCUUGUCAUUCUCCUGCGAUUUCUUCUGGUCAUCAGAUGGCCUCCGCUGGUGUUGAAAAGAGACUCCAGUGGCUGGCCGGAAGUGAGGAGCCUGACGCCAGAGGAGAGAGAACGAAAAUGGACCCACCGUCUGGGAUCAGCUCCUCAUUGCGCAGUGGGGGAAGCUCAGAUUUUCUACGCAGAUGGGGUUGUGAAUGGAUGA